CGCGUUUACCAGGUAGCCUUGUAGCGCGAGAAAAAAAUCUUGCUAGCGUGCUGCGUUCAACCGGCGCGUCUUUCAUUAGAAACAGCAGGAUAGUUCUGACAGAGUCCGUUAACAUUCAGGGAAAUAAUUAACGGCUCCGAAAGCUACAUCCCUUAGGGUACCAACUAACAAACUAUAUCGGUGAACCGAAGAGGGAUUUCCACCAAAAUGUCCGAAAGCGAAAACUGCGUUGAACAGCGGGAAGAACCGACUGAACUCGAGGAAGCCGUGGGAGCCGAGGAAAAGUCUGACUCUUCAGAUGCUGGAAAAGAAUCCUCAUCAGAAGGUGGUGCUGAUGGACAAGAUGCAUCCUCCUCUUCUUCAUCUAAGACUAAAGACUCCACUCCUGGUUAUGAAGAGAAAGUGCAAACAGACCGAACCAACAGAUUUGAAUAUCUGUUAAAGCAAACGGAGCUGUUUGCACAUUUCAUCCAACCAGCAGCACAGAAGACCCCCACCUCCCCUCUGAAGAUGAAACCAGGGCGUCCCCGGAUCAAGAAAGAUGAGAAACAGAACCUGCUCUCUGCUGGAGACAACCGGCAUCGCCGCACAGAGCAAGAGGAGGACGAAGAGCUUCUCAAUGAGAGCACAAAGACCACCAAUGUGUGCACUCGCUUUGACGAGUCUCCCUCCUAUGUGAAAACAGGAAAAAUGAGGGACUACCAAGUCCGUGGUCUGAACUGGCUCAUUUCUUUGUAUGAAAAUGGAAUCAACGGCAUCCUUGCAGAUGAGAUGGGACUGGGAAAGACCCUGCAGACCAUCGCCCUACUGGGUUACAUGAAGCACUACAGAAAUAUUCCAGGUCCUCACAUGGUCCUGGUUCCCAAGUCCACCCUUUAUAACUGGAUGAACGAGUUCAAGCGAUGGGUGCCCUCUCUGCGAGCAGUGUGCCUGAUUGGAGACCGAGAUCAGCGUACUGCCCUGAUUAGAGACGUGCUGCUGCCAGGAGAGUGGGAUGUCUGCGUCACUUCUUACGAAAUGCUCAUCAUUGAAAAGGCUGUGUUCAAGAAGUUCAACUGGAGGUACCUGGUCAUUGACGAAGCUCACAGGAUCAAGAACGAAAAGUCAAAGCUGUCAGAAAUUGUGCGUGAAUUUAAAACAACUAACCGGCUGCUUCUGACUGGAACACCUCUUCAGAACAACCUGCACGAGCUCUGGGCUCUGCUCAACUUCCUGUUGCCUGACGUCUUUAAUUCAUCAGAGGAUUUCGACUCAUGGUUUGACACAAACAACUGCUUGGGGGACCAGAAGUUGGUUGAACGUCUUCACACUGUGCUGCGUCCAUUCUUGCUUCGUCGUAUUAAAGCUGACGUCGAGAAGACUUUGCUUCCCAAAAAAGAGAUGAAGAUAUAUGUGGGUCUGAGUAAGAUGCAGCGUGAGUGGUACACAAAGAUUCUCAUGAAGGACAUUGACAUUCUGAACUCUGCGGGUAAAAUGGACAAAAUGCGUCUGCUGAACAUCCUCAUGCAGCUCAGGAAAUGCUGCAACCACCCGUACCUGUUUGAUGGGGCGGAGCCUGGUCCUCCCUAUACCACCGACCUCCACCUGGUGGUGAAUGGCGGAAAAAUGGUGGUGCUGGACAAGCUGCUGCCCAAAAUGAAGGAACAGGGUUCCCGCGUGCUCAUCUUCAGUCAGAUGACCAGGAUGCUGGACAUCUUGGAGGAUUACUGCAUGUGGAAGAACUAUGAGUAUUGUCGGCUGGACGGACAAACGCCACACGAGGAACGACAGGUCUCCAUCAAUGCAUACAACGAGCCAAACAGCACAAAGUUCAUCUUCAUGUUGAGCACCAGGGCCGGUGGCCUGGGUAUUAACCUGGCCACAGCCGAUGUAGUUAUUCUCUACGACUCGGACUGGAACCCCCAAGUCGACCUGCAGGCUAUGGACCGAGCUCACAGAAUUGGUCAGCAGAAGCAGGUGCGUGUUUACCGUUUUAUCACGGAAAACACGGUGGAGGAGAGGAUUGUGGAGAGGGCCGAGAUGAAGCUACGCCUGGACUCUAUUGUCAUCCAGCAGGGAAGACUUGUGGAUCCAAGUGCAAACAAGCUCGGAAAGGAUGAGAUGUUGUCCAUCAUCCGACACGGCGCCACACACGUGUUUGCUUCCAAAGAGAGUGAGAUCACAGAUGAUGACAUUAAUGCCAUCCUGGAGCGUGGUGAAAGAAAGACCAUGGAGAUGAAGGAGAAGCUGUCAUCUCUGGGUGAGAGCUCACUGAGGAACUUCACCAUGGACACGGAGAACACCAGCGUGUACACAUUUGAAGGAGAGGACUACAGAGAGAAGAAAAAGGUAGAAAUCCUGCCCAGCAACAGCGUAACGUCGUACUCAAGGAAAUGCGCUCAUUUUACCUGGCUAUGUCUUUUCUUUAUACCCCAGGUCAUCACCAACUGGAUCGAGCCUCCCAAAAGAGAACGGAAAGCCAAUUAUGCCGUGGAUGCAUACUUCAGAGAAGCUCUGCGAGUCAGUGAGCCCAAAGCACCCAAGGCGCCUCGACCGCCAAAGCAGCCAAAUGUUCAGGACUUCCAGUUCUUCCCUCCACGCCUGUUUGAGCUUCUGGAGAAGGAAAUUCUGUUCUACAGAAAGACCAUCGGAUACAAGGUUCCCCGUAACCCCGACAUCCCCAACUCAGCCCAGGUCCAGAAAGAAGAGCAGGCAAAGAUCGAUGAGGCUGAAGCUCUUACUGAGGAAGAACUGGAGGAAAAGGAGAAUCUUCUGCAACAGGGAUUCACAAUUUGGAGCAAACGUGACUUCAAUCAGUUCAUCAAAGCCAAUGAGAAGUGGGGAAGAGAUGACAUUGAGAACAUUGCCAGAGAAGUUGAGGGAAAAACGCCUGAAGAAGUUAUGGAGUAUUCUGCCGUCUUCUGGGAGCGUUGCAAUGAGUUGCAGGAUAUCGAAAAGAUCAUGGCCCAGAUCGAGAGAGGAGAAGCCAGGAUUCAGAGAAGGAUCAGCAUUAAGAAAGCCCUGGACUCAAAGAUUGGACGCUACAAGGCACCUUUUCAUCAGCUCCGAAUCUCAUACGGCACCAACAAGGGCAAGAACUACACGGAGGAGGAAGACCGCUUCCUCAUAUGUAUGCUGCACAAGCUGGGCUUUGACAAGGAGAGCGUGUAUGACGAGCUCCGUCAGUGCAUCCGCAACUCUCCUCAGUUCCGCUUCGAUUGGUUCCUGAAAUCCAGGACAGCCAUGGAGCUGCAGAGGCGAUGCAACACUCUGAUCACGCUGAUAGAGAGAGAGAACAUGGAGCUAGAAGAGAGGGAAAAGGCUGAGAAAAAGAAGCGGGGACCAAAGACCGGUUCAGCGCAGAAACGUAAAGCAGAGGGAACGCCUGACGGCCGAGGACGCAGGAAAAAGCUCAAAUUGUGAGACCGCUCACAAAAUAAAGGAUGAGAAUUUGACCAUGUCAGCCAGCUCCUGUGUCAUUAGUCCUAGUGUCUGUCUGUUUCACAGGCUGAGAUAAUGCAAUGUGUUAAAAGCCCUGAUCUGUUCUAGGUGUUAGGGAAGUGUUACUUUAAAGGCCUGCCUUGUCGUCACCGGCCUAAACACUUCAGCUGUGCUGGUUUUGAUUUUUGUUUCUUAGUUUGUCUUUUUUAUUAGACAUUAAGUGAAAUAACUGUAUUUAUGCCUUUUUGGUUGCACUGCAUUCCAUUGCUCAAAAUGUACCCUUUUUAUUUUUUUGGGGGGGAAAUCUGUUCUUGCAUCUUCCAGCUUGGAGUAUAAAAUGUCUUUUUGAGAAUCACAAAUAAACCUCAACUUUUUAUAGAAAAAA